AAUCAGGAAAUGAGUUUCAGUUUUUGAGUGUGAAAAUCAGAGAAUGUCCAUGGCGUCUAGGGAAGCGAAGGAAGAAAGGGCGGAGGCCGCCGCGAGGCUAGCGUUGGAGGAACUUAGAGAUGUCAAUAGGGAGAGAGAAUAUGGAGGCACAACCGUCUAUAAGGAGCAAAUGGAUGCCCAUCUGCAACAAGAAGAGAUACCGGGUGUUAUUGGGUCUGCGUUGAGGGCUGUUCAGGGCACAUACGAGCAUGCUAAGCAAGCUGUUGUCGGAAAAAGCCAUGACACAGUGGAUGCUACGAGGGAGACUAAAGAUGCAACGGCUGAAAAGGCUAAGGAAUACACCGACUAUGCCAAAGAGAAAGCGCGGCAAACCAGGCUUCCGAGAAGGCUAAGGAGACGAAAGAUACCACCGCGGGAAAGGCCAAGGAGUAUGCUGACUCUGCCACUCAGAAAACCAAAGAGUAUGCAAAUCAAGGGGCUUAGAAGGCCAAGGAGACAAAAGAUGCUGCAGCGGGAAAGGCUAAGAAAGGCAGGGGAGUAUAAGGACCAUGCAGCAGAGAAAUCUAAGGAGGCGAACGAUGCUACCGUGGGGAAGGCUGAGGAGUAUAAGGAUUACACGGCGGAGAAAGCAAGGGAAGGGAAGGAUAAUGCUGCUGGUAAGUUCGGAGAGUUGAAAGACUCUACUGCUGAUGCUGCUAGCAAGGCUAAGGAUUUCUUCUCCGGAAAGAAAGAGGAAGCAAAGCAGAAGACAGCAGAGACCGGCAAAGCCACAAAGGAGAAGUUGGAAAAAGCAGGGGAAGCAGCUAAACGGAAAAUGGAAGAAAUGAGGAUGAGGGGAGAGGAGGACACUAGUCCUCGAGGUUUAAGGGAAAGAGAGAAGGUUGUGAUUAAUUUGGAAGAUGCACGGCCAGGAGCGGUGCCGGCCACCUUUAAGACGGCUGAUCAGAUGACAAGGCAAACUUUUAAAGAUGUGGGACGUUUUGACGAUGAGGGCGCCGCAGUUGUGGACGGAGAGCGUGAGCGUUAAGGCUAAGUGUGAGUAUACGUAACAAAAUUAUUAAUACCAUUUUAUACCGGUUGAUACGGUCGGUAGUACUAAUUUUUGUAUUAGUAAAAAAUGAUAUAAAAUUAAAUUUUGUUU